AUGCCGUUCGAUUUAUCCGUAUCGAAAGUGAAUGUGGAAGGAAUCCGAAUGGAAAUACAGGAUUUACUAAUAAAAGAAUCGGAUAAAGAACAGAUAGAAUCAACUAAUAUACUGAUCCAAGGAGCAAAUGCUCAACAAAGAUUACAGCACCAUGUAUUUCCAAAGAAAGAGUGGUUGAAAAGACAUGUAAUGGACCAGACGAAUGAAAAGAUGCAUGGUUAUUCGGAAUGCAACACAAUUUUCUUUCAAUCAUCCGAUCUAGAAAGGCAUUUGAUAAAUCGUACUGGUGAAAAGCCGCAAACUCAUUUGUUGACAAAUAUCGGUAAAGAAGAGAUACAGUCACCGAAUUUACUAAUCCAGGAACCGAAUGCCGAACAAGAGUUACGACAUCCCGCAUUUUCAAAUAAAAAAUGGUUGGAAAGAUACGAAAGGACACGUGCCGGUGAAAAGCCGGACGAUAUUCCGGAAUGCAGCAAAAGUCGUCCUCAACCAUCGAAUUUCAGUAAGCAUAUAAAAAUUCAUACCAGUGAAAAACCGCGCGGUUGUCUUAAAUGCAAAAAAAAUUUCUCUCGAUCAUCGCAUUUGAAAAGACAUAUGAAGAUUCAUAACGGUGAAAAGCCGCACAAUUGUUCAGAAUGUGGAAAGCGUUUCCCUGAAUUGUCAAAUUUGCAAAUUCAUAUGUUGACCCAUACGGGUGAAAGACCGCACAGUUGUCUGAACUGCCAAAAAAAUUUCUCUCAAUCAGUGCAUUUGAAAAUACAUAUGAGGAUUCAUAGCGGUGAAAAGCCUUAUAAUUGUUCAGAAUGUGGAAAACGUUUCUCUGAUCGAUCGACUUUUAAUAGACAUAUAAGGAGUCAUUCCGCUGAAAAGCCGUACAAUUGUUCAGAAUGUGGAAAAUGUUUCUCCGAUCAGUCGACUUUUAAAAGACAUACAAGGAUUCACACCGGUGAAAAACUGUAUAGUUGUUCUGUAUGCGAUAAAAGAUUUACCCGAAGAAAUGAUUUGAAUAGGCAUAUGAAAUCUCAUCACAAAGUUAAUUCCUCUUCCAACUGGACUGCAUGCAACCAAGGCAAUUAA